GUGGCAAAUUGGUUCAUUAAUGCAAGGGUGCGUCUUUGGAAGCCAAUGGUUGAAGAAAUGUACAAAGAAGAAUUUGGCGAUUCUGAGAUGAGCAGCAAUCUGUUAUCAUCAGAGAACUCACCUAAAGCUCCAAGAGAUGAUGUUCAAUCCUCCAACAAUAAAAGGGAGGAGUCCCAGGACAACUUAAUAACAGUUGAAGAUAGUGUUAUUCAGCAUCAUGGCAUGAAGUUGGAUCAUACCUCAGAGUUGGCUAGAGGGAUCCAAAGUAGUGAUCAUGGAGAAAAUGCCAUGGAUCCCAGAAUUGGGAAACUGCAGGGUGAUCAAAGGUUCAACAUAAACAACAACAACAACAACAAUAGUCCUUAUUAUGGUGAAGGCUGCACAACUGCUCCUGUUCCUGCCACCUAUGAUUUAACAGAGAUAGGUAACAUUGGUGUGGGUGGACAUGUGUCACUUGCAUUGGAAUUGAGGAACUGUGAAAGUGAAGGGUUUGAUGCAUCCAAUGAUGACAUGCAGAGGAGAAGUAAGAAAACAUUGACUUCUUCCCCAGAGGCUGAUUUGCUAGAUUACCAUUUCACAGACCAAGGAAAGCAACAAAACAAGUUUGGAAAUCCUCACUUAUUACACGAGUUUGUUGUUUGA